UGAACCCGCCAUCUCAUGAAGGCUAGUCGGAUUCGUUUCUACCCGUGUGCCACAACGAAGCUUCCCUAUUCGGUCCUGUUAAUACUGAUCAUUAAUCUCAUCAGGCAGAUCCGGGUGAAGCCCGACAGGACAGGGGUGGUCACGGAUGGCGUCAAGCACUCCAUGAACCCCUUCUGUGAGAUCGCUGUGGAGGAGGCCGUGCGGCUCAAGGAGAAGAAGCUGGUGAAGGAAGUCAUUGCUGUCAGCUGCGGGCCUGCCCAGUGCCAGGAGACCAUUCGCACCGCUCUGGCCAUGGGUGCAGACCGUGGCAUCCACGUGGAGGUGCCAGCUGCAGAGGCGCAUCACCUGGGCCCCCUGCAGGUGGCCCGGGUCCUGGCCAAGCUGGCCCAGAAGGAGAAGGUGGACCUGGUGCUGCUGGGCAAGCAGGCCAUUGAUGAUGACUGUAACCAGACAGGCCAGAUGACAGCCGGAUUUCUGGACUGGCCACAGGGCACAUUCGCCUCCCAGGUGACACUAGAAGGGGACAAGGUGAAAGUGGAGCGGGAGAUCGACGGGGGCCUGGAGACCCUGCGCCUGAAGCUGCCUGCCGUGGUGACCGCUGACCUGCGGCUCAACGAGCCCCGCUAUGCCACGUUGCCCAACAUCAUGAAAGCCAAGAAGAAGAAGAUUGAGGUGAUCAAGGCCGGAGACCUGGGCGUGGACCUGACCUCCAAACUCUCUGUGGUAAGCGUGGAGGACCCCCCCCAGCGUGUGGCCGGCGUCAAGGUGGAGACCACGGAGGACCUGGUGGCCAAGCUGAGGGAGAUUGGGCGCAUUUGAGCCCCUUCCCUGAAACUCGGCAAUAAAACCAUGACUCUCCUUA